GCGGUACGUAGUAAAAUGGGUGCGUUAUUUAGCAAUUCAGUUCCUUAAAUUACCCUAAUUAGGGUUAACUUUUGAAAUCCCACAUUAAUUCCAACUACAGUUGCGUCUCUGCGUGUGUUGUGUUGUGUUGUGUGUAUAAUAUCAGCAGUAUUUUAGAAGCUUUUCUUCUUCCCCACCUCACUUCUCUCUAACAUCCUCUCUGCAAAUCUCUUUCAACUUCUCUUUGUUCUCUCUCGUAAAUCCUUUCGUAGUUUCCAUUUUUCACAGCACCAAAAACUAUUGAUCGAUUCACACACGCCUACGCGCAUCCGUUUAAAUUCCAGCCUUCCCCUUUGAAUUCACUUUUUCUCCGAUGAACCUUCGCCGCCGAUCAAGCAUCACAUAGGGUAUUUUCGUGUGUGUGUGUGUCUGUGAAUCUUCUGAGGAGCAAUCAACCAUCUGUGUCGUUUUCGUGCGAUUCACGCCGCCUCUUUUGACGGCCAUUUACACCUCCUGACAUGGCGUCCACCGCCCCUGCCAAAUCGCAGCCCCUGCACAACUUCGCCCUGCCGCAUCUCAAGUGGAACAAGGAUGCCCAGCCUGAUAGCCACCACCACCACCACCAGCGCCGCCGCUCGAUCAAAUCCCCGUCUCGGAGGCCGACCGCGCCCUCCUCCUCAUCCCCGGUUCGCCACUCGCCGCUGCGAGAAUCCGUCUCGGCGACGCCGCCGCGCCACCAGUCACCCCUCUCGUCGGCGCCUCCUUCGCUGCGAGAGUUCCCUGUUCACAACGAUUCACUCUGGAGGCAGCCGGUCGGCGAGUGGGCUCGGAGGUCUCCGAUAGCCCCCGAUCAACCGCUCCACCUCCGGAGGCAUGACCCUGCUCCCGAAUCGAGGUCCUCCGGCAAGGGUAGAGCCGAUUCGUCUGAGCACCAGAGGUUUAACUCGAAGGUUCCUCAGACAAUCCCCGAGCGAGGUACUCAGAAAUUCGAGACCAAAUCGAAAGCGAAGGAAGCCGACGAGGUCGGAAUAGCGAGAUCGAAGAAAAUCCUGAUCAAAAUCCCUUUCAGAAAGGACAAAACAGACGAUGAAACCCCACCGGAAGAGCCGCCGAAAAUCGACAAGAAAAUUGCGGCUGACGAGGCUGGACCGGUGGCAGUAGAGGGGAAAAUCAACAGCAGCACAGAUGAGGAGACCAAGAUAUGGAAUCUGAGGCCUCGAAAGCCGAUUCGGGCCUCACCGAGCGAGAAUUGGGCUAUGGCUAGAAACAUCGGGCCGGCCAUGGCCGAGAAGAGUAAAGGUCAGUCCCCGUCGAAUGGAGAUAACGGCCAAAAGAAGGCCGGCGGCGAGAAGAAGGUCAAGAGGAAACUGAGCGUCUUCAUCUCUCUAACCAAGGAGGAGAUCGAAGAGGACAUUUUCUCCUUCACCGGAUCGAAGCCCGCAAGGAGGCCAAAAAAGAGAGCUAAAAACGUGCAGAGACAAGUCGAUACACUUUUUCCUGGAGCGUGGCUGAUGUCAAUAACUGCAGAUUCAUACAAAGUGGUUAGAUGCACUCAGGGGACAGAUGAUGAUAAGCUUCCAGAUUUUGUUAAUGGCAGAAUAAAGGGCAUUUAGAGGUAUUAUAAAUUACAGUGUCUUCGUACCUGCAACUGCAAGGAAGGAGAUAUGUUAUUUAAGGGUUUAUUUAACCAGUUCCUUUUUAUUUUUCCCUUAUUUUUUCUUCAUUUGCAGCUGAUUUCUCAAAGAAUUGAGAGGUUAAUGCUGGCUCUUUUAAUUAUCUGUAGUGGCAGUGGUUGUAAAUAUGGAUUUCUUUAUCUUUCAAUGCUUCAUUUGAGUAUUUAUUUUUGCUGUGUUUUUUUCUUUUCACCUGUUCCUCUUCAUUGCAGAUUUUGUUUGUUUGCCCCGUUAUAAUUUGGUUGGGGGCUUUUGGUGUGAAGCCAAAAAAAAGUCUAGAUGGGUUUUCUCUGUGUAGGUCAUUUAUAGAUAGAUAUUUGCAUAAAAGUUCUCAUACAUCAUAGAUGUUAUUCUAUAUUUAUAUUGUAACUCGAAGCUAGGGUUGCGAAGGAGCCUAGCUAAGCAAUGCCCUUAUCGAGUUGAAUUCAUUUUUUUGACUGUUGCUCGAGUUUGACGAGCCAAUCUUGUUAAAGCUUGGCUCAACACGAAAUUAUUAUACAAGUGCUCGAGAUCGCCUAGAAUUUUAAGAAAAUUUUGCUUGAUUUUGGGCUGAUUUAGAUGAGUUAAAGGAGACAUGGAAUACAUAUGGUGACCUACAACAAUGGAUAAAGAUCCUAAUAUUUAGGCAAUUAGAUGUAUGCUCGAGCGGCUUGUUGAGUUAUCAAGCUUACAUAAUACAAGCUCGAGCUCAGCUUGAGUUAAAGUUUGAAGUGCUCGAGUUUGGUCAAACUGGGGCCAGAGCUGAGGUUAGAAUUGGGCCAGUCGACUCGUUUGUAGCCUUCCCAAUGCCAAACAAUUUCACAUUUUGUGAUAAAGGGAUCAAAGUGCAAGAACGGUUUGAAUUAAUUUUUAAAACUGUAUGGUGAAAUCCUUUUUCUUUUGAUUUUUCUGAUUCAUCUCCUUCCUUUGUUUUCAAGGAUUUUUAUUUUCUUCUUCGCUAUUUCUAUGUGAUGUUUUUGUCCCUUGAAUUUUGUUUAGAAAAUGACUAAAAUAAGCAUAAGGA